GUCUUUGGCUGGUCGGCCUCGCUUUCAACGGUAAGAGGAACCACUUGGAGGCUGAAGAUGAAAACGAACGGAAUCCCGAGCGUCCUGGCAUUCCUAGUAUUAGUUUUCGCCAAAUGCGGCUUCGGAGAGAAAUACAGAACCGAAUCUGCCCAUGACUUGAGCAGCUCUCUGGACUUUGAGGAAAUGAUGUCGGCAGUGAUUGCAAGAAAUCAGGAACUCGCAAACCGAAUGACAAAUCUGGAGUUUGCAAUGGAAGAACUGAGACGGCACGAUGAAAACCUGAGCUUGGGCAUCGAAAAGCUGAGCCAGGACAACCGAUACUUGAAGAAAGCUGACGAAAACAUGAGGCUGGACAUCGAACGCCUGAAGAAGACCAACGAACGCCUGAGGCGAGAUCUGCAGGAGAGAGAGGAGGAGAUUCGGCGGUGGGAAAGCGCGGUGGAGGAGAGACUCCUAUAUCUGGAGGCGAUCGGGCUGCAGAUCGCUCCCAGAACCUGCGAGACUCUGGCGAAAUUGGGAGUGACGAGGUCGGGAAACUAUCUCAUCGACCCCGAUGGCGUUCUCAUCGGUGAUUCUCCGAUACGAGUACUCUGCGACAUGGAGACAGGUUGGCCAGGUUCUUCUCAUGCUAAUCCCGUGUCUACCAUCGUCCUGCACGAUUCCAUGGAAAAAACAGAGGUCCACCAUUGUACCGGUCCCGGCUGCUACAGUCGAAAGGUCACGUACGAUGCAUCUCUCAAACAGAUAGUGUCCCUGAUCGAUCAGUCGGCGUCGUGCGAACAACGAAUAAGAUACGACUGCUCCGCGGUGGUCCCGAACGAAGGCGAUACUCCGUAUUCCUGGUGGCUCGACCGACACGGUCGACCUCGGUAUCACUGGGACGAAGCGGACGCCGUAGAACACGCGAGCGACUGCGGCCUCUCUCACGACAGCAUCGAUCCCACACGACGUUGCAACAAAGAUGCAAGAGCCCUGCAACAGGAGGCGAACAUAGGAAUCAUCGCCGAUCCGACGGCACUCCCCAUCGUCGAGUUACGGUUCGGAGGGGUGCAAACUGAGGUUCAGAAAGCGAAUCACACUCUGGGUGGAUUGGUUUGUCGGGGUCGCGCUACCCCAUCGGCGAACCCUCCGACUUCGUGCUCGUCUCUUCGUCGGGCUGGGAACACGGGAACAGGUUACCAUUUGAUCGGCAAGAAACAAGGGCGUUUGGAUGUCGUCCUCUGUCGAAUGGAUUUGGAAGAGACGGAUCCUGGAUUUCAAUUGGAGACCGAUGCAUUCAUACAGCAAGGGGCGGUUUAUUUCGAUGCGUAUCGAACGACUCCUUGGGAUAACUGGGACUGGAUAAUUCCAUUCGAUGGAACGGAAGUGAACAUUGGUGACGCAAUGGAUCCGAGCACCGGGAUUUUUACGGCACCUCAGGAUGGGAUCUACGCUUUUCAUUUGCAUUGCUGGACUCGUGUAGUGAAUCACAAUCCAAGUACCCCGCGGGGGAACUUGAUCACGAUCAGGAAAAAUGGAGAAGAGGUAGCGGAAUUGAUUACUCAAGAAAUAGACAUAAAUAGCGAUCAAAACCAGAUCAACGACCAGAUGCCGGGCCAAUCGAUACUGCUUGACCUCAGUGUGGGAGACGAAGUUGAUAUCUUCCUGAAUCGCGGAGAAACAUACGCGGAUUUUUUCAAUGGAGGGCGCUCCUUACAUUUUGUAGGUUACCUAUUGUAUCCCCUGUAAAGAAAGGAAGGAUUGAUGCUUUAUCGAUCGUGGUCCGUUCUGAGGGACUAAAUUCCGGGAGUUAUUUUUCUUCUAUCUGACUAAUCCUAGCAUUUUCCGUUCGUUGAUUUUUUUCCGCCCGAAAUUAACGGCGAACCUGACUUUUGCACCAUACGAGUCCACUGUUUUCCUCAUGGCGUUUGCAAAGCUCAUUAAAUUUGUCAAUUUCGAGAACGUCGAGAAAGAGGAUUGAGUGUUCAAUUCAUGUGCUACAUUUCAAAUGUAUUUAACUCAUGAAACCAGAUGAAAACUAUUUACAUUGAAUGGG